CACAGGGACCCCCAACGGGGACACUGGGGAGACAAGAAAAGGGGAUACAAUGAGGAGCGACCCAGGGUCGGGGACGAAGCAGGAGAAGGGCGAGGGCGAGGGUCGCAGGCAGGCGAGUGACAGAGACGUAGUUUACUUCGUUCACGUUGAGCCUCGUCCCGUUGCGACCUGGCCGUCUUGGCACCCGCCCCGAUGCGGUCUAGCGGCCCCUCGUGUGCCCGGUCGGGGGUCUGCCACGUGACGCGACUGCGGCCUGACGGUUCAGGCAGCGGGCGUCUCCUGGCGUAUUCGUAUGCAGCUCGGAGUGGGACUAAAGAGAGACAGGGGAAUUUAG